GGGCGGGAGCGCGGCGGCGGCGGCGACGCUGCUGCGGGGCCCGGUGCGGAGCAUGUGCGCCCAGGCGGAGGACUGGCGCUCGGCCAGGGCCAUCUACGACUUCCACGCCCUCGACAUCGAUGGCAACGACGUGUCCCUGGAGAAGUACCGGUAGGAGGGCAGGGCCGGGGGCGCGGGGCCGGGGCGCUGAGCAGCAGCGGUUCUUGCGUAACCCGGGAGCCGCUGCCGCGCCCCGGCGGGCGAGGGGCCUCUCCCCGCUCACCCGCCCCGUCCGCAGAGGCUGCGUCUGCAUCAUCACCAACGUCGCCUCCAAAUGAGGGAAGACCGCGGUAAACUACACUCAGCUUGUUGACCUGCACGCCCGAUACGCUGAGAGGGGUUUACGCAUCCUGGGCUUUCCCUGCAACCAGUUCGGGAAGCAGGAGCCCGGGGACAACGCUCAGAUCAAGGCAUUCGCUGAGAACUACGGGGUGAAGUUCGACAUGUACAGCAAGAUCGAUGUGAACGGGGACGAUGCCCACCCGCUCUGGAAGUGGAUGAAGGAGCAGCCCAAAGGGAGGGGCACCCUGGGCAAUGCAAUAAAAUGGAACUUCACCAAGUUCCUCAUUAACCGGGAGGGCCAAGUGGUGAAGAGGUACAGCCCGAUGGAGGAUCCCUACGUGAUCGAGAAGGACCUCCCUGCCUACCUGUAGCUCUGCUCCGCUGUCCCCCCGCCCGCCCCAGCCCCGCUGCCCCCGGAGCCUCCUCCAGCCCCAUGACGGGCUGCCCCCAAGCCAGGUCCUGGUGGGGCAGCCCUGACCCCGGCGUGCACCGCUGGACAGAGGCCCCGGGGCCGCGGCCGCCCCGGGCAGGAGCAGCUGGAGCCCCCCCCAGUAACUGGAGUCCCCUCGCAAUAAAGACCUUAGGAUUGA